UGUCUUGGUGGGUGGGGACAGUCAUUAUCAACUUUCUGGACACACGGACAGAGACAGACAGGAUGGACUUUCUCCGGCUACACCUCCCUGGGCUGCACCAGGCCUUGAGGGGGGCACUGGAUUCCCUCGGCACCUUUGUCGCCUACCUCUUGGGAGACGCAGUCCCCACUGUAGAGCCGGAGGCGCGGGCAGCUGAGGAACUGGGGGCGGUGGCAGUGGGAAGGACAGGGAAGGUUGUAGAGGAGGAAGCCCAGGAGGCCCUGGAGGGCCGGAGAGGUGGCCAAAGCCAGGGGGCUGGACGGCUGAGAGGGCCUGGGGAGGACGGAAGACGUGAAGCCGGGAGCUCAGCUGCAGAACAGACCUGGAGCUGGGGAGAUGGCAGCUCCCAUGGGUCCCAAGCAGAGAGGCAGGACAGUGGGGCUGGGGAGGCAGCCAAGGCAGCCAGGUGCCAGGAGCCAAGUGCCCCCUUGGAGGCCAGAAAGAAGUCCAAGGUAGGGUCUAGGGCUUGCCAAGACAGGAGCGGCCAGGCCCAGGAGAGGCAGGAGCCCGAUGAGCAGGAAGUGAACAGAGAGGAGAGGCUGAGAACCUGGGAACAGGAGGAGGAGGAGGAGGAGGAGGAAGAGGUCAGGGCAAGACAGCCAGGGAUGGCCAGAGGGGUGGAGUCAGAGUGGACCUGGCACAGGGAGUGGGAGGGGAAGGCUGGUGCUUGCGGGACAAAGGCGGCAGGGGACGACCUGGAUACUGAGCAGGGGAUCAGGGAGGCAGAUGCCGAGGAAACUGAGGGACCCGGGGCUGAAUGGGCUGGGAAGGGAGAAGAGGUUGUGGUGGUGGAGGAGGCCAGUGAAAGCAGAAAGGCACAGGUGACACGGGGCCCAGGGGCAGAGUCUGAGGACUGGACAGCCUUAGGCAGAGAGGAGGCUAGGACAACUCCAGGUAGGGAGGAGGCCAGGAUAAUUUUAGAUGGGGAGGAAGCCAGGACAGCCUCAGGAGGGGAGGAGGCUGGGACAGCCUCAGGAGGGGAGGAGGCAGCCUCAGGAGGGGAGGAGGCCGGGACAGCCUCAGGAGGGGAGGAGGCCGAGACAGCCUCAGGAGGGGAGGAGGCCAAGACAGCCUCAGGAGGGGAGGAGGCCGGGACAGCCUUGGGAGGGGAGGAGGCAGCCUCAGGAGGAGAGGAGGCUGGGACAGUCUCAGGAGGCAAGGAGGCCUGGACAACCUCAGGCGAGAAGGCUGACUUCUUAGGAGUCAGAGAGACAGAAUAUGGAGCAAUCCUGGGAGAAAGGUUCCUAGAGGCUACUGGAAAAGUCUGGGUCCUAGAGGAGGAGGGGGAUGAGGAGAGAGAAGCUGAGGUGAGCCCUUUCCCCAAACAGGCCCAGGCCCUGGGCACUGAGAGAAUGGAAGAGGCCGCUGAAACCCAGACAGCAGGGAGGGAGGCUGCGGGAGGCCAGGAGGCAGGGGAGAGCUUUGAGGGUCAGGCUGACCAGCGUGGGAAGGUGGCUGAGGGGAGUCGGCACUUGGAGAUCAGGGCUGACCGGGCCGGGCUGGAGGAGGUGGUACAGGCAGAGGAGGCCUGGGAGGAGAGAGUGAGCGUCGGGGACCCAGCGGCUGAGCUGCCCUCGGAUGGAGAGGUUGAAGGAGCUGCUGACUUGGAGGCAACCCCAGAGGCCAGGCCUGAGGAGGAGCUCACAGGGGAGGAGAGUGAGGCAGCCCAGAGCAGCUGCAGCGCCCUGGGGGCGGAGUGGGGUGGCCUCACACACAGGGUCUCCAAAGGCCAGGAGCCUGAGCUGAUGGGGGGCGCCCAGACCCCAACCAAGCAACCCGAGGAAAGGUGGGCAGGUGAGGCGGAGCUCUGGGGAGUUCUCACCCUGAGCAAAGAGCAGAGGAGCCCGGAGGCAGGUCCCAGGUUUGUAAAGCCUGAGGCCUCCGAGGCCUUCCCAGGGAAUACCCAGGAGGAAGCGGCCCAGGGUGAGCAGCGGGAGGAGGAGGCUGCAGGAAACCAGACCCUGGAGGCUGAGGCCGAAGGAGACCGAGAGUCUGAACUGCCAAAAGUCCCAGAGGCAGGUGGGGAGGGGCCGGCAUCCAAACACACGGGGUGUGGAAUUGAGGAGGGAGAGACAUGUGACUCAGAGAACCAGGAGCUGCACGGAAGCACAGGGGCAGACUCAGGGCCGGGCCGGUCACUGGGAGAGGCCUAUGCCCGGGAAACCAAGGAUGGGGAGGCGGAGGCCGACGGAACGCCUGGGAGAGGCUGGAGGCUGCAGGCGGCAGCUGUGGGCCUUCAUGACCAUGAGGACACACAGACUGGCUCCGUGGCUGCUGAGAUUAUGGGGGGUGAGGUGGUCCCAGAUGUCAGCGCUGCUGGUGCUGAUGAAGCUUUGGAAGGGGCGCUUGGACGAGGAUGGGACUCGAAAGAAAGGGAGGAGGCAGCGGUGGGAGAGGAUGCAGGCGGGCAGGAGUUUGGCCUGGAGGGGUCAACAGAAGAAGAGGUGGCUGACAGAGGCGGCCCAGCAGAGGCUUUUGAGGCCAGGGAGGGAGAGCGUGGGAGAGGGCGGGUAGAGGCCGGGGAAUCUGCAGGUGCAGAGGACAGCUGUGGGCUGGAUGGUGUGGGUUCCCACACAGUGAGGGAAGAGGGGACAGGAGCCAUGGUGGAGGCUGGGGGGCUUUUAGAAGAGUGGACACUGUUGGAAGAAGAGGCUGCGGGAUGGCAGGAGAGAGAACAGGAGCGGGAGGACAGUAAGGGGCGGCGUGGGGAUCACAACCCCGAGGGAGAGCCACCAAGGCUCCUUGAUGCAGAGGGUCUCACGGUGACCGGGGGCCAGAGGGCAGGGGCCGAGGAGACUGAGCCAGAAAGCCUGGAGGACAUCAGGGUCCAGGAGGAAUGGCCAACAUGCCAAGGCCCUGCAGAAGCUGCACCGGGGUCGCUUGGGAAUGUGGAGACAGCUGAGGCCAUCGGCAGUGCCAGAGGAGGUGCUGCCAGCAGCUGGAGCGAGGCUCUGCUCCCCGGAUCCCUCCUAGAUGUCUCUGUCCCAAGGAGCCGCGUGCACCUCUCGAGAAGCUCCUCGCAGCGUCGCUCGCGGCCCUCUUUUCGUCGGACCCUGGUCCUGGAGCAGCAGGAGGAGCCCCCAGUCCCCAACCCUUCCGAGGAGGAGGAGCCGUCAGCCCCUGAGCAGAGACUCCUCCAGCCGGAGGAACCCCCCAAGCCAAGCCCUCUGAGGCAUGAUGGGACCCCGGUGCCAGCCAGGAGAAGGCCCCUGGGACACGGGUUUGGCCUCGCACACCCUGGCAUGAUGCAGGAGCUGCAUGCACGUCUGGGCCGGCCCAAGCCCCAGUGACUGAGACCCGGCACCCUGGAAGGCGGGUGGGGACCAGAAGCCUGACUUGGACGCCACUGAGCCCUGCUCCCUCUGCCACUGUGGAUGCAUCCUCUCCACCCUCUGGGCCUCAGCGUCUUGGUGUAUCAUUCAUGGGGCAGGCAAAACCAGAUGUCUGGGAAGACCUUGAACUUGAGUCUGAUUCUCCAGUGCAGGCUGGUGGACCACCUACCCCACUGAGACCACCUCUCAGCAUUCCUGCCCUGGUUCCUCCCUAACCUGAGUCAGUUGUCUGGACUGCAAGGAGGCCAGGCACAGGGUCUCACGCCUGUCACCCCAGAGCUUUGAGGCGCCAAGGUGGGAGGAUCACUUGAGACCAGGAGUUUGAGACCAGCCUGGGCAACAUAGCAAAAGACCCCAUCUUUUAAAAACAAAAUUAAAAAAUAGACUGCAAGGAAGACUGAGAGGGAACAG